CACCCCGGGACCUGCAGCUCAGGGAUCCUGCAGGCCAGACCAGGAGGGGGCCCAGGUCUUCAUGCCUGCAGGGCUCAGGAGGGGACAAGGAUAUGGAGCCACUUUGGGGUCUACUCCGAAGAGCGCAACAGCUGUCCCCUCGGUCCUCCCAGACCAUCUACAGGCGUGUGGAAGGCCCCCAGCCAGGACGCCUGGAGGAGGAAGAGGAAGAAGGGGAGGAGGGGGCCGAGCCACCGGCCCGCUUCUGCCCCAUGGAGCUGAAGGGCCCCGAGACCCUGGGUUCUAGACAAGGGCGUCCCGGCAGCAUACCCUGGGCGGCAGCAGGACAAAAGGCUGCCCCCUACCUGGUCCUGACCGCCCUUCUGAUCUUCACGGGGGCCUUCCUUCUGGGCUACGUGGCCUUCCGAGGGACCUGCCAGGCUUGCGGGGACUCCGUGCUGGUGGUCGGUGACGAUGUCAACUAUGAGCAGGGCCCGGACUUCCACCAGGGCACGUUGUACUGGAGCGACCUCCAGGCCAUGUUCCUGCGGCUCCUGGGGGAGGGGCGCCUGGAGGACACCAUGAGGCAGACCAGCCGUCGGGAACGGGUGGCGGGCUCGGCCGGGAUGGCUGCUCUGGCCCAGGACAUCCUUGCCACGCUCUCCCGCCAGAAGCUGGACCACGUGUGGACCGACACGCACUACGUGGGGCUGCAGUUCCCGGACCCGGCGCACCCCAACACCCUGCACUGGGUCGACACGGCUGGCAGAGCCGGGGAGCAGCUCCAGCUGGAGGACCCCGAUGCCUACUGUCCCUACAGCGCCACGGGCAACGCCACGGGAGAGCUGGUGUACGCCCACUAUGGGCGCCCGGAGGACCUGCAGGACCUGCGGGCCAGGGGCGUGGAGCCGGCCGGCCGCCUCCUGCUGGUGCGCGUGGGUGUGACCAGCUUUGCCCAGAAGGUGGCCAGCGCCCAGGCCUUUGGUGCCCGGGGGGUGCUCAUAUACCCAGACCCAGCCGACUUCUCCCAGGACGCACACAAGCUAGGCCUGGCCAGCCACCGCGCUGUGUAUGGACACGUGCACCUGGGAACUGGCGACCCCUACACGCCUGGCUUCCCUUCCUUCAACCAAACCCAGUUCCCUCCGGUGGAAUCCUCAGGCCUCCCCAGCAUCCCAGCCCAGCCCAUCAGUGGAGACAUUGCUUCCCAGCUGCUGGGGAAGCUCAAAGGCCCUGUGGCCCCCCAGGAAUGGCAGGGGCACCUGCCGGGUCCCCCUUACCACCUGGGCCCUGGGCCAGGCCUGCUCCUUGAGGUCAACAACCACAAGGCCUCCACCCCCAUUAACAACAUCUUUGGCUGCAUCGAGGGCCUCUCAGAGCCAGAUCACUAUGUUGUCAUUGGAGCCCAGAGAGACGCCUGGGGUCCGGGAGCAGCCAAGUCUGCCGUGGGCACCGCUAUCCUGCUGGAGCUGGUGCGAACCUUCUCCUCCAUGGUGAGCAACGGCUUCCGGCCCCGCAGAAGUCUGCUCUUCAUCAGCUGGGAUGGGGGCGACUUUGGAAGCGUGGGCUCCACAGAGUGGCUGGAGGGCUACCUCAGCGUGCUGCACCUCAAGGCCGUGGUCUACGUGAGCCUGGACAACGCGGUAAUGGGAGAUGACAAAUUCCACGCCAAGACCAGCCCCCUUCUGAUCAGCCUCAUUGAGAACAUCUUGAAGCAGGUGGACUCCCCUAACCACAGUGGGCAGACCCUCUACCAGCAGGUGGUGGUCACCAAUCCCAGCUGGGAUGCUGAGGUGAUCAGACCCCUGCCCAUGGACAGCAGUGCCUACUCCUUCACGGCCUUCGCGGGGGUCCCUGCUGUGGAAUUCUCUUUCCUGGAGGAUGACCAGGUCUACCCGUUCCUGCACACGAAGGAGGACACCUAUGAGAACCUGCACAGGAUGCUGCGAGGCCGCCUGCCCGCCGUGGCCCAGGCUGUGGCCCAGCUCGCGGGGCUGCUGCUCAUCCGGCUCAGCCACGAUCACCUGCUGCCCCUGGACUUCGGCCGCUACGGGGACGUGGUCCUCAGGCACAUUGGCAGCCUCAACGAGUUCUCCGGGGACCUCAAGGCCCGCGGGCUGACCCUGCAGUGGGUGUAUUCGGCGCGGGGGGACUACAUCCGGGCGGCUGAAAAGCUGCGGAAGGAGAUCUACAGCUCGGAGCAGCGCGACGAGCGCCUGAUGCGCAUGUACAACGUGCGCAUAAUGCGGGUGGAGUUCUACUUCCUGUCCCAGUACGUGUCGCCGGCCGACUCCCCGUUCCGCCACAUCUUCCUGGGCCGUGGGGACCACACGCUGGGCGCCCUGCUCGACCAUCUCCGGCUGCUGCGCACCGACUCCGGGGUGGAGCCAGGCUUGGGCUUCCAGGAGAGCCGCUUCCGGCGCCAGCUGGCCCUGCUCACCUGGACGCUGCAGGGGGCAGCCAACGCGCUGAGCGGGGACGUCUGGAACAUCGAUAACAACUUCUGAGGGCCGCCAGCCCUCCUGGGCGCCUGCCCCCGGGCCCUGCGGGGCCCUCCUCUCCCCGCUGCUGCCACUGACCCCUCCUCAGCCUGGGCGCAGACCGCGGCCCCGCGGGUGGGAGGAGGUGACCAUUCCUCCCUAGCCAUCCCCUCGCUCACUCUCAGCCCCCCUUCCACCUUCUGGAAGGUUGGCCAGGCCUGGGACGUGGCCGCUGUCUUCACAGGAGAGAUGGUGGCAUCGUGACCUUGUGCCCACAGGUGCUCCGCGGAGAGGGCCAUGGGUCUGGAUUCAAUAAACCUCCUGAGGCCACUG